AUGGAAUCGGUGCGCAAGGCCAAUACUCGACUCCGUAACUAUCCAAUAUUGCUGUCAAAGUGCGCCGAGUCUGCAUCCUUAUAUGCGGCUUGCGUUGCACGGGAUAUAAACGUACAGCAGAAUAUAUGCGACGCCGAGUUUAAGCAAUUCAUGAAUUGUAUACGCAAAAGCGCUGCCGAAUUAAAGACCAAAUUAUAA